AUGGAAUCAGGGACCGGAGAUUUGGACAUGAUUUUGAUGGGCAUGGAUACGGGGACCCUGGGCGUGGCAAGGCUUCGCACGGGGCACCUUGUCUGCGUGUACGCAGAGGACUGGGUUCAGUUAGGCAGCGUGCGGACUAGGCUCCUAUCCCUUCGCUCGGCGCUGGAAAUCUCCUUGCGUAGCUUGGAGGAGGGAUAG